AUGCGAUCUCGAUCGACUUCAGUCACUGUGUUGUAUAAUAUCAACUCGAAAAAGGAUAGAAAAGGUGAUUAUUUGAUUAUAUCUAAGUUGGCAAGCAUGUUGAGCUAAAGUGCAAUUACUUGCAGGUGUUUCUCUUGAUCGGAAUAAUAAUUUUACAACGAGUCGAGAAGUUGAAAAACAGCCAAGAAUGGUGCAUACAAGUUCGAGACAUGUUAAUGAGGGAUUUUUUGGGGUAAAUUUAAUGCUAAUCAAAAUAUUUUCAGCCAAAAUCUAGAAUUUGUAUUUUAUAGCUCGCUAAAUAAAAAAUGAUCCUAAUUUAAUUUAAUUUUUAAAAAUUUGACCUAAAGUUCAAUAGGAAUUUUAUUUUAAAAGAAGCUUUUAAAUUUCAAAAAAAUCUGAAUAAUAGUUCAAAAUUUGUGAACUAAUCAAUUUUUUAAAAAAAGUUCCCAUGUGAGCCAGAAAAAAUAAACUCUGAAAUUAUCUGAAAUCAGCAAAAGCUCACAAAUAUUCAGUGUGAGCUCAAAAUUUUCAAAUUUUUCUCGGAGUAGAAAAUAAUUUUCUCUAAAUCUCUCAGUUUUCCGUUGACUUUAGUCUACCUCAAAGAUCGUGUUAGGACUCAGAAAAAUGCGGGAAAAUUUUCAUCUGUGAAAUUCUGAAAAAAAAAUUUCAUUACUUUACAAUGUGCUUUCGGAGUAUUAUUUUUCUAUUUUUUUGUUUUCUCAUGAGCAAAUCGCUAAUUAUAGGCUUCAUAAAAAAUAAUCGAAAAAAAUCUAUUUUUUGCUGUUCAUUUUCUACUAUACAAAAUCAUAUAUACAUUCAUUCAUGUUCAAAAAAAGCAUAUAACAAUUAUGAUGUAUAUUGGACCGGAACUGGUCAGAAAAAACCCCCUUCUAUGAAAAAAAAGUACACAAUCUUAUACUUUUCGUAUAUACUCUUUUUGUGCUCCAAAAAAUUGUGAGUCAGCGGAAAUGAACGGAGGAGGAGCACAGAAGUUGACGAGCCGGAAAAUUUUCACCUGGGUAGAAAAUUUUGAGGCCAAAGUAUUGGGAGUUUAAGUCUAGUCAUGUUUUUUUUUACCAAAAAGAAAUAAAAUAAUCGUUGUGUUUAUUUUGAAAUUGAGGAAAAACCAAACCAAAAAAUAUGUUUUUCUUCCAGGUUUCUAAAUGGAUCCAACAUGUGUCAACUCGUCUUGAUGUUGAAAAACAUUACGAAAUUGGAGCGGUCAUUGGAAAAGGCAAUUUUUCUAGUGUCCAUUUCACACGUAGAAAAGUGGAUGGCACUAAAUGUGCUCUAAAAGUGAGGCUGAAUUUAAUUAAAGAAAAACAAACAUUACUUCGUUGGUCCUUGAUUUCUUCCUGUUUACAUUUGAAAAAAAAUGGGCCUUUGUAGAAAAAUAAAAUGUAGAAAAAACUUUGAAAAACUCGAAAACCAGGAAAUCAAAAGUUCUUUGUUUUGGAAAAGCUCAAAUAGGCGCAGUCUUGAAGCCUGCGCCAAAUAUUCAUAUUUUUUAGCAAGUUGAAAAACGAGCAAUGCGUGGAAAAUGUUUUUUCGUUGACAAUGAAGUUGAAAUGCUCUCCCUAAUCCACCACGAUCAUAUAAUCUCAAUUAUGGACGCCUACAGUACUCAAACAGAAUACUUCAUUGUUUUCGAGCAUGCACAAUACGGUGAUUUGUAUGAAACAAUUCGAAAAAAUGGUCGAAUAGAUGAACCAGAUGCAGCUAUAAUCACACUUCAGAUAACUUCAGCACUUGGUUAUUUGCAUGAUAGAAAUGUUGUUCAUCGCGAUGUUAAGCCCGAAAAUUUGUUACUCGUUGAUAAAUUUAAUGUGAAACUUUGCGAUUUUGGACUCGCUUGUCAUGUUUUGGGACCAUUGUAUCGAGUUUGUGGGACACCAACUUAUUGUGCACCUGAAGUAUUGACAGAAAAAGGUUAUUCAACAAAAUGCGAUAUUUGGUCAUUAGGAGUUGUUUUAUAUGUGAUGCUUGCUGGUUAUGCUCCUUUCAGAGCUCCAGAUCAAAAUCGUUUGUUCAAAUUAAUUAUUGCUGCGAAUAUUGCAUUUGAUAUGCCAGAAUGGAAAAAUAUUAGCUUGAGUAGGGUUUUUCUUUUUAAGUUAGAAAAACUUUUGAAAAAAAUCUAUUUUUCAGAAGCUCGUGAUCUAAUAACCCGCCUAAUGAACAAAUCUGAAGAUCGUCGUCCUUUGGCAUCUCAAAUUGCUUCUCAUCCCUGGAUUCUGCCAUAUACAAUCGACUCAAUUGAUGAUGAAUGA